CACACACACACACACAGUCAGACACAUGUGGCUCACCUUGUGAGGACAGCAGGAGCGAUGAGGCGAGUACGCAGGAAAGUGGGGAACAAGGAGAAGGUGUUUGGAUGCGACCUCAUGGAGCACCUCACCGCCACCGCGCAGGAAGUUCCUCAGGUGCUGCGUUCCUGUAGUGAGUUCAUUGAGGAGCAUGGAGUAGUGGAUGGCAUCUACAGACUCUCCGGAGUCUCAUCCAACACACAGAAACUCAGGUCUGAGUUUGACAGCGAGGGGAACCCUGACCUGCGUAAGGAUGUGUACCUUCAGGAUAUCCACUGUGUCAGCUCGCUCUGCAAGGCCUACUUCAGGGAGCUCCCCAACCCCCUGCUCACAUACCAGCUCUACGACCGCUUCGCUGAGGCGGUGGCGGUCCAGUUGGAGGAUGAGCGGCUGGUGAAGAUUCGGGACGUCUUGCAGGACCUCCCUCCUCCACACUUCAGGACUCUGGAGUUUCUGAUGAGGCACCUGGUGAAGAUGUCUACCUUUUCCUCUGAGACCAACAUGCACGCUCGCAACCUGGCCAUCGUCUGGGCCCCUAACCUGCUCAGGUCAAAGGACAUCGAGGCGUCUGGCUUCAACGGUACGGCAGCCUUCAUGGAGGUGCGAGUCCAGUCCAUCGUGGUGGAGUUCAUCCUCACCCACGUCCCCCAGCUCUUCCCUGACAUAGCCUUGGGUGUGCCAACGGAACGGAGGAAGUCCCUCCCCUCACCCACCAUACUGGCCAAUCAGGCGCCUUUCCAGUAUCCCGGCAACUUGAGUCCAGGAUAUGGUCCUCCACCAGUGAGGCCCUCCUACCAUGCCAUCAUCGAGCCGUCAGACAAGAGGAAAGGCUCACUGAAGGGCCGCAAGUGGAAAUCAAUCUUCAACCUGGGAGGCCGCCUGCCCGACCCCCGCAAGCGCAACAAGGGGUCCACCAAAGAGAAAGAGAAGCAGGCAUUGAGGCCAGCUAAGAGUAUGGACUCUCUGAGCCCUGGGCCUUAUGAAGGCAACCGGCAGGCUGCCUCGCCUACACAGCUCUCUCCGGCAUCACCCAUUGGGCCUGACAUAGGCGGGGGCGGGGCUUCGGGCGGCGGUGGGGGGGUGAGCCCGGGGCUAACCUCUGGCAGCUACGCGGUCACGUUCCGGCGAGGCGGCGGCGCCAGCGUGGGCAAGGUCAGCGGAGUCAGCGGAGGCGGCACGCAGGGCACCUACUCACGGCUGUCGAGGUCGGGGUCGGGGGCGGUUGCGGGGUCGGGGGCGGCUCCCGUGAGCAGGUCUCCGGCGCUCAGUAGUAACAGCCGGGAGAAGAGGGCCGGCAUGCACAUCUCGGGGCCCUUCUCCGUUACCGUGCCGCUACACAUCACCUCGGGACUGCAGAGGGUCAUACAGGGGUCACGCGGAGGCGGAGACCAGGAACAGGACCAGGACACACCCACAGAUACAGGACACGCCCCUGAUACAACAUCAGACCCCGCCCCCAUUCUUGCCUCGUCCAAUGAGGAUGCCCCAUCGGAGGCGGAGGUACGCAGUAGAGAGACAGAGGAGGCAGGGGAGGAGAAGGAGAAGCAGGGGGAGGGGAGAGGCGAACACCAAGACAUCAAGACUGAGGAGACGCAGGAGGGGGAGAGAACAGCAGCAGGAGGAGACGCAAGCGAGGGGGAGGACCGGAAGACAGGAGUGGAGAUAGGAGAGGAGGAGGAGAAGGAGGAGAAGAGGGAGGAGGAGAGGGAUGCAAUUUGCAAUUUGAGGAAGACAUUGGAGACAUUGCAAUUUGAGGAAGAGGUGGAGGCCUCUGCCCUGCCCGUAGAAGACAAGGGUGAAGAGAGAAGAGAGGGAGAGCAGACGGGUGUGAACGGACCAAUGGGCUGUGAAGAAGAUGGGGAAGAUGAAGAUGAGGAGGAGAGGGACGAGGAGGAGGUCCAGGGAGAGGAGGAGGAAGAUGAGGAAGAGCCAGCAGCCCUGGAGGAGACCUGCGACUCUGUAGAGGGAGAUUACAUGGACAUGAAGUGUGCCGCCGUGGUGUGCCGUACUCCUCUACUACCAACAGGUGGCGCCGGCCCCCCUCCCUGCCCUGCGGCUGCUUGCCUGGUGCCCCCAGAGCAAGAGGCUGUUGCCAUGGACGCAGAGCAAGAGGCUGUUGCCAUGGACGCAGAGCAAGAGGCUGUUGCCAUGGACGCAGACAUGCCCCUGGACCUAGAGGACACCUUCGGCUUCCUCGACAUGGACAUGAUGGAGUGCAGCAGCACAUCCCAAACGAACAAUGAGUUCUCCGUGGAGCCAGAUUACGAGUACGAGAGCCAGUCCUGGUUCUCCAGUGAGCCCCACACCGCCGCCGCGACGGUCUCUCCACCCCAGCCAGCUCCGCCACAGACGCGACACACACCCGCCAUGGCCUCCGCCCAUCCCCUCCCGCACAGCCGGCUGUCCAGCAAGUCCCACAGCCUGCCCUACAAGUGCACCCCGUCCUACCCAGAAUCCUCGGAGGAGGAAGAGGACGAAGAUGAAGACGAGGAGGACGACCCCAUCCUGUCUGAUGCGAGUGAUGGCGAGGAUGAUGAUGAUGAUGAUGCUGAUGACUAUGAUGAAGAGCACAUGCUCCUUCACCGCAGCCUCCCCAACGCUCUGGAGUUCCACGGUCUCGCCUGGUCCACGCCCCCAGGCCCCCGGGACGAACCCCUGGCAGCCAAUAGCAGAGAGGACAUCCUGUCGACUAGCCAAUCAUCACAGGACAUGCCUCAGGAAGAUGCCCUCUGUCCUCUGAUUGGUGGCCACGUGGAGGAUACUUUGGUGUUGAGCCAAUCACAGCAGAGCGAGCAGCCGUUUGACUCUGUCAGCCAAUCAGAAGAGCCGGGUGCGGAUGACCAUGCUGAGGCCGUUAGCGGUGAGGGCCUAUUGGAGAUGGCAGCGGAAACCGGGACGGACGCCAGCUCUCUGACCAAUCAGAUCGCGGUUCCUCUGCCUUCCAGCCAAUCACGGUGCUCGUAUGUACCAAUAGACUCAAGUGAUGACUACAUGAAGAUGAGCAGGAUACCAGACGAGGACGUUGGGGAGGAAGAGCACAGCGAGGACAAGAAGGAGACACGCUGUGAGGACCAGACAGAAAGACAUAGUGCGAGCGGGUCGAGGUUCCACGGAGAGACGGCGCCCAGCCCUUCGUCCAAUGAGGACUUCAGGCCGCCCCUGCCAAUCAGAGAUUACCAUGGCAACGCGGACGACUGCCAGCACACCUACGAGGUGGUGGACGUGAUCGAGGAUGAGGAAGGUGAUGAGGAGGAAGAUGAUGAUGAAAACGAGUACAUCUCCAUCGCAGAGCUCACCGCCAUCGUGGGCCUGGCCGCCCUAUCACGUGGACCGACUGAGACUCGCGCUGGAGAGGGUUGCGGAGCAGAACCAGAGACUGGGGAGGGUUGCGGCCCGGAGAAUCAUGCUGACAAUGCCACCGCGGACCAGGAGGAGGAGACAGAGCAGCAUGCAAUAGAGAGCCAGAGGGACGAGGAAGAAGGGGGGAUAGAGGAGAUGGAAGAGGGGAACAUGAGAGGAGAGGGCGGGGAACGAGGGAUGAAGAGCGAUGAGGAGGAGGAGAGAGAGGUACAAGAAAAAGAAGUAAAGCACGAACCUGUAGAAAGGGCAGAGGAGGGGCAACAAGACAAGAGUGACGGGAGCGAGGACAGGGCAGGUGAGAGUGAUACGCGAGAGGACAGCGCAGGUGAGAGUGUCGCGGUGGCUGCGGCGACGGCUCUCGGGCCGGGUGUGGGCAGCACCCUCGUCACCACCAGACAGGCGAGCCCGAGGACGCACCACGUGAAGGCCGUGCCCGUGGUGCCGCCCAAGCCGCAGCAGUCCCGCCUGACCGCCCUGGGCAUCAUCAGACGAGACCCACCACCAACACAGGACGCGCCGCACAGCCGCACACACAGCCGUUCACACAGCCUGGAAACAACCACCCUCCUACAGCUGGACUCACCAGACACACCUGACACCAGGACAGAGGACAACCACACACCACACACACCACAUGCAGUGGCAGCGGCAGCAGGACAGCACGACACACCACACACACCACAUGCAGUGGCAGCGGCAGCAGGACAGCACGACACACACUCCUCAAAGACAGAGGAUGAGGAGGAGGAGGAGGAGAUGGCUCAAGAACUGCCGACUACGGACACGAAGCCUGCAGCACCAGAGCUGACUGAUGCAGACGCAGACGCAGCAGUUCACAUACACACGGCACAUGACCCAAACACCACCUCCACAGUCCCACCCGACACACAGCUCGCUCCACCACACAUAGUGAUAGACCUGCCUCAGCAGACACCAUCAGGAGAUGGAGACCAGUCACAGCCACAGCCACAGCAGGAGGCCCACCCAGGGAGGAGCAGUGGGGAGCAGCAGGAGGCCCACCCAGGGAGGAGCAGUGGGGAGCAGCAGGAGGCCCGCCCAGGGAGGAGCAGUGGGGAGCAGCAGGAGGCCCGCCCAGGGAGGAGCAGUGGGGAGCAGCAGGAGGCCCACCCAGGGAGGAGCAGUGGGGAGCAGCAGGAGGCCCACCCAGGGAGCAGCAGUGGGGAGCAGGGGAGGGCCGACGGAGAGAGGGGCGUAGAGGAGGAGGGCAGACGGGACACAGACACAGACACACAGGUGGGGCAUAGGGACAUGCAGGGAGAACAGCAGGACAGACUGGCGGCCGCUCGCGAGGGCGAGAGGGAGCGAGAUCGGGAGCGGAGGAGCAGGGAGAGGGACGCAAAGAGGAACAGCGGCAUCACCAGCAUGUGUUUUGACGAGGCGGUUGCCCGGGCAACCAGGGAGCGGGAGAAGGAGAGGGAACAUGGGGACCGUGACAGAGGGGUGAACGUUCAGGAGGAAAAUGUGCGGCUUUGA